AAAUAACAAGGGUAUAAGAGUCUUUUACCACUUAAUGAUGAAGGUAUUUUUGAAAAUGUCUCUUUAGUGAUGAUAAAAAUAAAAAGUGGUACAAUAAAAAUAGUAAACAUGUAAUUUCUCCAAUAGAUUUGUUAUUCUAUUAUCGAAGAAGAUGUUUCAUAAGAAAGAGUUUUCAGAUUUUAAUUUAUGUGUAAUAAUGUAUUUUCUUCGUUUUAAAUUUGCAAUCGUCUGCAUUUUAAUUAUCUUAAUUGUAAUAUUAUAUUUAUUUAUUUUUGGACGACAAGAGAUUUUGUAAUAUUAUAUUUUAUAUGAAUAAAAUAGUUGUUUAGAAAAAAACAAAAAAACUCCUACUCGUAAUUUAAAUAAAAGAAAAACAAACCAAUUCCCAGAUUUCAUUUCCCGCCGCAAUGUUGUUAACUCUCUCUCCUAAAACCCUAUCCUCUUCUUCUCCCUUCCCUCUUCACAACUCGCAAAACCCUAGACGCAAACCCCCAAAUCCAUCUCGAUUCAACCGGAGAUGCAAUCCCAUUUCCGUGAAAUCGGAAGCCCAGAUCGAGAGGGGACUCGAAUUCGAUCCCGGGGCGACGUUCUUCCGCCACGAAAGCGCCAGAGGCCGCGACCUCGGCGUGCUCUCCGCUUCGCUCUACAAGCGAUCCAACGGAAGCUUACGAGUCCUCGACGCCAUGUGCGGGUGCGGAAUCAGGUCGCUCCGUUACCUCGUGGAGGCGGACGCCGAUUUCGUGGCGGCUAACGAUGCUAACGACGAGAAUCGGAGGGUAAUCACGGAGAAUCUGAGUAGAAUCGAGAGAGGUGUUGGGGACGAGAGGAGAUGGGUGGUGACGCAUAUGUUGGCGAAUAAGGCGAUGAUUGAGAGGUAUAUGGUUGGUGAUUUCUUCGAUUUGAUUGAUAUUGAUUCGUUUGGGAGCGACUCUGCGUUUCUGAGAGAUGCGUUUAAUGCGUUGAAGUUGGGUGGGUUGCUUUAUUUGACUUCAACGGAUGGGUACUCUUCUGGUGGUCACAGGCCUUAUAAUUCGUUAGCAGCUUAUGGAGCGUUUAUUAGGCCGAUGCCGUUUGGGAAUGAGAUUGGGUUGCGGAUGCUUAUUGGUGGAGCUGUGAGAGAGGCUGCUCUGCUUGGUUAUCAUGUUACGCCUCUUUUCUCAUAUUAUUCUUAUCAUGGACCUGUGUUUAGAGUCUUGCUUCGGGUUCACCGUGGGAAGCUACACGAGGACAGGAACUAUGGUUUUGUCACUUUCUGUCAGCUAUGUGGCCAUUCUGAUACAGUGAGAUGGGAUGAACUUGGUCUGUUGGGAUGUCCCUGCAGUGAUACAAAGGCUUCUUCUUCGUUGGUAGUUUCGGGACCAAUGUGGCUUGGACCGCUUCAUGAUGGAUCGUAUGUUACCGAGAUGCUGGAUCUGGCUAAGGAAUGGGGAUGGGUGAGUGAAGGCACUGGCAUGGAUCUGGAGAAGCUUCUCAGCAUAAUGAUCGAAGAGAGCGAUCCGAGACUGCCACCCGGAUAUUUCAAGAUGGAUGAGAUGGCGAGCCGUGCGAAGAUGAACUCACCUUCGUUGAAGAAGAUGAUGAGUGCACUUGUUAAGGAGGGAUACGCCGUUAGCAGAUCUCAUAUAAUAUCCAAUGGUCUCAAAACAGAUUGUCCCAUGUCACAUUUUAUAAAGAUUGCCCAAGAUGAAUUGCAGAGUUGAUCUUCUGCUUUUAGUUUAUAUAGUCCAAGCUAUUUAACUUCAUCUCAAAUGAUAGUUCAUGAUAUAAAAUAAAAAUUAGUAGAUCUGUUGAAAUUCU